AUGCUCUGUCUUCGGCUCCUUGCAUGCCUUGCCUGUAUAAGUGUGGGGUCAGCAGAAACACUCUGCUUUUCUGACUCGAUUCCUGCAUCGAGCCGACGACACAUCGAAAAUGAAGAGGGGGUGCCGAUCCCAAUUCGAAUUGGGUCCUUCAGUUGGAACUUGGCCGUGCAAGUGAGUGUGUUGGCAGACUUGAUCAUCUCAGAAAAGCUUGGAUAUCACGUGGCGCCUGUUGAGUUCUUGGGCUUCCCUUCAUUUCAAGACCUUGUCCUGAAACUUGCAGGCUGUGCAUCUGCGGAGUGCAACGAAACCGUUGACGGGAUCCAUCUUGUGGUAGAUGCUUUUCCGGGAGACGCAGUGACGCUAGAGUCCUUUCAAGCAGCGCAUCCUGAGCGAGUUCCUGAAAAUUUGGGUGGGAUGGGAUAUGUCUUCAGCUGGGGCAUGUAUCUCAAAGGUUCAGUUCGUGAUUUAGCCUUUGGUGAAGCAGCCCUGGCUUUGGAAUAUUACAGGAACUACAACACCAGUGUCAAUCGCCCGCAUCGAUUUUUCCAUAGCCUGUCUGACCUCGAUCGGAGCGACUUUAUCUUCUGCAACUCUACCAGUUAUGGGGACGAUUUUACAAACAAUGCGGUGUGGGCCAAUUAUGUUCGGUGGACGGGAGAUAUCGACGGAGUCAUUGAGACACCAGACGGAUAUGCAGCAAAAUGCCCUGAUGGAUUUUUUUGGUUGGCCCCCGCCUGUCGAAGAAACGCAUCUGAGUGUAUUCCUGUCCUUUCUGCUUUUGGGACCUUGGCCAACAUGGUGCAAUGGGCAACUGCUCACAAUCUUCCGUUUGCAUUUGGGCGACCACCAAAUUUUCCCGGAUAUCAAGCACUUCUCCGGAAAUAUGAUAUCCUGUUUUAUUGGUGGGAGCCUGAUGAAGGAGAGCUGACAGAUCUGCAGAUAUCCAGGCUUGUGCUUCCACCCCACGAUGCUCUGGAAUACAAAGAGGGCAAUUUCCGGACCGCCGCAGAAGGUACGAGGUUGUACAAAUACGGUAGCUCUUUGCUGGCGCGCUUCGCGCCGAGAGUGAGGGCGUUGGUGCAAGGAAUCGCGACCAACGAAGCUGACAUCUUGAACUUGGCCAGCUCACUCUCGUUGCCGACGGGAGACGAGCAAGCGCUGGGAGACGUCUUCUUCACAAACCAGGCGGAAGCCCGCAGGCAAAUGUGUGCAUGGGCGAGAUCAAAUCGAGAUGUUUGGGAGCCAUGGCUUCCCAUUGAAACGAGCUGCGCUGUUGGAUUCGGCUUGGUCGACCAAGAAGAUCGCCCCGUGAACUCUCGCGAGCAAGCAGUUCGAUGCAGCAUUUGUCCGCCAGGGAGAUUCUCCCAAUUCAUCGUGGAUGAGAUCGGACAUACUCACCGAUGCGCCCUUUGCCAACCAGGCAUGCACCAGAGUGCCAGUGGAAAAGCCGUGUGCGAAGCAUGUGACCCUGGUACAUUUGCACAAAAUCCUGGUCAAGCCCUAUGCUCACCUUGUCCUCGUGGCUCCUAUGCUGCUACUCUUGGAAUGACCUCCUGCCUAAGGUGCGGGAACGGCACGGACAGGACCACAACACUUCUGGUAGAGGAAGGAUGGAUUGAAGUCCAAGGAGCCACCUCAGAGUCCUAUUGCCGCUGUGCUCCGGGGCGCUUUUUGCAGAAUGGCCAGUGUACUCACUGUGGGGUGGGAGCCUUUUGCCCUGGGUCUGAUAUUUUGGAAGUCCUCCCUGGCUAUCAUUCCAAGGCCAAUGAACCAGGACUUAUCUACAAGUGCUUCGAUCUUCCUGAACGGUGCCCAGGAGGUGUACCAGGAUCUUGCGCAAACGGAAGAGAUGCCAACGGACCUGGUUGUGCUCAAUGCCUGCCAGGGUUGCAACCCGGUGGUGCAGAAUGCAUACCUUGCUCAGGAGGAGACUACUUCCGUCUAGUUGCAUACGGCCUACUGGUCAUUGCUUCCACCGCUGCUUUGCAUGUGCUGUUUUUUGUGGGCGGCCAUGGCAGCAAUCGCUUGCAAAGUAAGCUUGUCACCGCAGCUUUGUGCUUGAGCCAUUUAAUCACCUAUGCACAGCUGUUUGUUGUGAUGAAGCAGAUUCAAGCCGUGAAUUGGGGUGAUCCUUUCCUGAGUUUCGUGGAGUUCCUCGACGUUUUCUCGCUGGAGACGUUGUUGAGCUCACUCUCCAGCAUCAACUGCUUUACCAGCCUACCACCAGAAGCUACUUUCUUAACUCGCACUAUUCUGCUUCCAUUGUUUUUCGCGGUUGGGCCGAGCAUUACACACUUGGCCUGCGUUUACGUGGCCCCAAAGGGUACAGAGCAAGCACCCAAAACCGGGUGGCUUUUCGGGACUUUUGGAUCCCUCUCUCUACUUUUCUUCAUCAUGAUGUGCUCCAUAUGUUUGGAGCCGUUUCGGUGCAAUGUGCAUCCAAAUGGUCUAGCCACUAUGCAGACCGAGCACAGCGUUUUCUGCAACCUCACGGAGCAGCAUCUGCGUUUGUGCAUUAUCGGUGGGGUGAUUCUACUGAUUCCUUCAGGCUUCUUAGCGCUAUCCACCUGGAUCAUUGCGAAAGAGCUCCCAAGACGUGUUGCCCAAGGGGACACAGAGUUCGUGCGGGCGACCUCCUUCUUGACGAUGAGAUUCACGCCAGGGCAUGAAGGCUUCACAGUUGUUUUCCUUCUCCGUAACAUGUUCCUGCCGGUGACACCCAUGUUUGUAUCCACAUCAGUAAGCCUUCUGACGAUGGGCGCGCUUUUGACCGUCAGCAUGGUGCUGGUCGCUUACUUGAAGCCCUGGCGCUCUCUCUUGACAACUCAGGUAGAUAUAUUCGGCCACACUGUGUUACUGAUGAUCUUGCUGUUGAGCGCUUUAAGCGUCCAAGACCAGGAGGAGGACGCUUCAGUCAUGAUCUUUUGCACUGUUGUGGCUUCCAUCCUUGUGGCCGUCAUCCUUUUGGCGGCUGUGUACUCCGCGGCCCAAUUUGUGAGGUCCAAGCUCCAGAAGCAAUUUUGCUUCUUCCUCUGCCACCACAAAGCGGCCACGGCGUCCUUGGCACGGUGGUUGAAGAUGGAGCUCCAAGGCCGUGGAGCGCGCUUCACCACCUUCCUUGAUCUGGACAGCUUGACUGAUCUUACCCUGCUCUUCUCCUACGUGAGUACCCAGGUGCAGACAUUUAUCAUGUUGGGCAGCCCCGGAUUGGUGGCUCGAAAGUGGUGUUUGGGAGAGAUGGCUACGGCCAGGCUUUCUCAUGUGGAGUCAAUACUGGUCAGUCUGCCGAGCUUUAGCCUCCCGAAUGAGACCUUCAUCGAGGAUAUUGCUACCACUGUGCCGGAUGUGAUUGACCUGACAACCUAUGGUUAUGGACUUUCGGAAGUGAAAGCCACUUUGCGCUGGUUGGCUUCCGUGAAGACGAUUGUGAUGGAGAAGAUCUCUGCAGUGGGCAUAGGUCAGGUGGUCGGUGAGCUGACCGACACCGGGAACAAGAGCACUAACGACAUGGUGCUCAGAAACGGAGGUGCUUGCAUUGUGGCAGACCAUGACAAUGCUGAAGCCUUGGCUUCAGCCCAUGUGCUGGCACGUUUCCUUGCCCCAGUCAUGAUGGAUCGGGGCACACCUGUCAUGGUGCUCCCUGAAGAGAGCGCUGAGACCCAACUUGAGCAAACCCAGCCCACCUCCAUGAUUUUGCUAUGCUCAAGAAACUGCUUUGCUUCUUCACACAUUCGAAAAUGUGUGCUGAAAGCACGCUUCCUCAUCUCUUGUGCAGUGUUGCCUGUGGUGGCAGAUGAAGACUUUGUUCUGCACGCAUCAGCUCCAGUAGUCACCAAAAAUCAUGAGGAUGGAGAGGCUUACCAAAGUGUGCUUGCAGCUGUGUUCUUGGAAGUGGCGCUUCCUUUCAAUUCUCGGACGAGUUCGGAGGAGGACUUAACCAUCCGAGCUGCGCACAUUGGGCGGCGCUUGUCGCCAGGCACGUUCAAAACUCUGCGAUCCAAAUUGUGGAUGACAGGCGGAAGGCCUGAGUGUGAUAGUGAAGAGUCAUCGCGCCGGGGAAAUAUGCUCCAAAUCCUUUGUCAGCCUCCGGCCGACGAUGAAUGUGUGACUGCGGCUGAGGGUGAGAUGGUGAUGCAAGCAUUCUGA